GCAUGCGCGCUGCAUUGUUUUGACUGAAAAUGCCGUCGGUUUCGAAAGCGGCGGCGGCGGCGGCGCUGAGCGGGUCCCCCCCGCAGACCGAGAAGCCGACCCACUACAGGUAUCUAAAGGAGUUUAGGACAGAGCAGUGCUCCCUGUUUUUGCAGCACAAGUGCACCCAGCACAGGCCAUUUACCUGUUUCCAUUGGCAUUUCCUAAAUCAGCGUCGCCGCAGACCCCUCCGCAGGCGCGAUGGCACCUUCAACUACAGCCCGGACGUGUACUGCUCCAAGUACGACGAGGCCACCGGCGUGUGCCCCGACGGCGACGAGUGCCCCUGCCUGCACCGCACGGCUGGGGACACGGAGCGCAAGUACCACCUGCGCUACUACAAGACGGGCACCUGCAUCCACGAGACGGACGCGCGCGGCCACUGCGUGAAGAACGGGCUGCACUGCGCCUUCGCGCAUGGCCCCCUGGACCUGCGGCCACCCGUGUGCGACGUCAGGGAGCUGCAGGCCCAGGACGCCUUCCAGAACGGCCAGCUCGGCGGCGGGGACGGUGCCCCUGAUCUGCAGCCCGGGGUCCUGGCCAGCCAGGCCACGAUCGAGAAGAUCCUGGGUGAGGACCCCCGGUGGCAAGACUCCAACUUCGUGCUGGGCAGCUACAAGACGGAGCAGUGCCCGAAGCCGCCGCGCCUGUGCCGCCAGGGCUACGCGUGCCCCCACUUCCACAACAGCAGGGACAGACGGCGGGACCCCAGGAGGUUCCAGUACAGGUCCACGCCCUGCCCCAGCGUGAAGCGUGGGGACGAGUGGGGGGAGCCCUCGCGCUGUGACGGCGGCGACAGCUGCCAGUACUGCCAUUCGCGCACGGAGCAGCAGUUCCACCCCGAGAUCUACAAAUCUACGAAGUGCAACGACAUGCGCCAGACCGGGUACUGCCCGCGCGGCCCCUUCUGUGCUUUCGCCCACGUUGAAAAGGGCCUUGGGGCCGCGAGCGACUGGGGCGGCCGCGACCUCGGCUCCACCAACAGCUCCUCGGCCAGCAGCAGCCAACCCGGAAACGCAAAGCAGAGAGAUUCGCCUGCGGAGGGCGGCCAGAGAGCCGGUGGGCAGGACCAGCAGAACCACCUGGCUGUGUUCGCCGUGGUCCACCCGCUGGCUCCCAGCGUGAGCUCCAGUGUGGCGUCCAGCCUGGCGUCCAGCGUGGGCUCAGGCAGCUCCUCCCCCACCGCUCUGCCCGCCCUCCCCGCCCGCACCCUCCCGCUGGGCCCCGCCGGCAGCGCCGUGGAGGCUGUGCUAGGUCCCGCGUUAGACCUUCACCUCAGCAGCGUGAACAUCGCGUCCCUGGAGAAGGACUUGGAGGAGCGCGACGGCCGCGACCUCAGGCCAGCAGGUGCACGGUCGCCGGCAGGCUCGGCGCCUGUCACCAUCCCGGGCUCGCUGCCCCGCUCACCGUCCCUGCACUCCUCGUCCUCCCUGUCCACCUCGCCACUCAGCUCGCUCUCCCAGUCCCUGCCAGGGCCACUGGUCUCCACGGCCAUGACGCCCCCCCAGCAGCCGCCACCCCUCCGCUCGGAGCCGGGCACUCUGGGCUCCUCGGCCUCCUCCUACAGCUCCUUAGGUCUGAAUGGUGUCCCCGGGAGCAUCUGGGACUUUGUUUCCGGCAGCUUCUCUCCCAGCCCGUCCCCCGUCCUGAACACCGGCCCCACGUCCUUGAGCGCAAGUCCAAACGGUGCCGAGCUGGCCCGAGUCCGGCGGCAGCUGGACGAGGCCAAGAGGAAGAUCCGGCAGUGGGAGGAGUCCUGGCGGCAGGUGAAGCAGGCCUGUGACGCGUGGCAGCGGGAGGCUCAGGAGGCCAAGGAGCGCGCCCGUGCGGCGGACAGCGACCGGCAGCUGGCGCUGCAGAGGAAGGAGGAGGUGGAGGCCCAGGUCCGGCAGCUGCAGGAGGAGCUCGAGGGCCUGGGCCUGUCCUCGCUGCCCGGGCUGCGGAGCUUUGGCGACAUCGGUGCCCUCCCUCUGCCGGAGCUGCACUCCCUGCAGAGUCAGCUGCGCCUGGACCUGGAAGCGGUGGACGGGGUGAUCUUCCAGCUGCACGCCAAGCAGUGCGUGGCCUGCCGGGAGCGGCCUCACGGCGCCGUCUUGCAGCCCUGCCAGCAUCGCGUGCUCUGUGAGCUGUGCGCGGCCAGCGCGCCCGAGUGCCCCUACUGCGAGGGCCAGCCCCUGCAGUGGUGACCAGCGCUGGGGGACACACCACUGGGCUCGGAGGCUCCAGUGGUCCCUGUGCAUGUGGCCGCACCAUCACUCACUCCUGGGGCCGCCAUCCGUGGUGUUUCCACCGGUCCCGUCCCACCGAAGGUUUCAAGGUAUUGUCCCUCAAAAACCUCAACAGCAAACCCACAGCCCCCGCCCGCCUGUCCCCGAGAGCACUGUCGCCUUGGUGGGCCGGGUGGUCUCUGCACUGCUGUGACCAGGCCACUGAGUCGAAGCACUUUGUAACAUGAGAGAUUUAGUUAGAUGUUGCCAGUUGCUCUAAGCUGCUUUCUCGGUUCGUGUUUUUUAAUAUGCGAUGAAACGAAGCUUUAUGUGCGUGUGAACCUAAUGUUUCGUAUCGGCCUGUCUGUCCGUAGUAUGGUAAAUAUAUUAGAUUUCGUAUCUGAGACUAGCAUUUAUGAAAUGAGCAUUUAUCUAGUAAUGAGACCUAGGAUUUUUACUGUUUUCAAAUUAAAUGCAAACAGCAUUUAUAAGCAGAGAGUGAUUAGUGAAAGACACAUAUACAUUAGAUGUUUUUAAAAAUUUUAUGAAAGGAACUAAUUUUCCUAAAUGCGUGUGGUUGGGAGUUUUGCGUUCCAGCAUCCCCAGGUGACAGCGAGUGCCAUCAUGCGGUGUGAUCCGUGGCCACUUUCUCUAAGUGCCUGUGCCUUGCAAGAGAAGUGAAGGGACAAUUCAUUUGGUUUCAUUUUAUCCCUGAAACCGAAAGACAAGCUGAUGCUCAUGAAAAAUGCAAACAAGGGAUCAGAUUUUAGAGGUUUUUAAAAUUUCUAAGGAACAGUCUUCGGACUAGUUACUGAGAUAGUGACGGCGACGGUGCUUUGUGACUUCUGGCGCCGCUGGGCCUCCAGCUCGUGCAGGGGGUGGCGGUCUGAGUGGGGAGCGGCUGCUCUGUGUGGAGGGGCUCGCGAGGGCGCGUUCUGGAGCCCAGGGCAACGGUUGGGCCAACACCGUCGCCUGGUCUGUACGUCGAGUUGCUGUCACAACUUAUCCACGUGACGGAGGUUGACAGGACCAGGUUGCAGGACCUCAGUGGCUUGGAGCAGAGGAGUGGCCACGGUCCCUCUGUCCGUCCACUCGGCCUCUGCCUGCAGCAGAAACGCUCCUGAGAACGUGUCUCGUGCGGCGACAUGAACCUUCUCUGGUCAGGAGUGGGACUUUCCCUGGAAACCUGGGGAGAAGGGACGGCUGUCCGUGGCUCCCCCAGGCCUGGCGCUCUGCGAGGCAGGUCCCGACCGCCCGACGGGUGCAUGAGGGGGAGCGGGCUCCAGGCCCCUGGCCUGGAAGGGACAGCGACACACUUCUGCUGGGCCGUGGCUUUGCCAAAGACUUUUAAUAGCAUUUUUUAAAAUGCAAAGUGACUAGGUAAAAAUUUUUAUCAGUGACCAAAUUAGAAUAUACUUAAUGUAGUAGGAGUUUUAGGAACACUUUUUAAGGUAAAACAAACUGACAGGAAAGUUUUAUCAUCUUGAAGGAAGUGGACCCAUGAUAGUCCGCCACUAGUCUGCUACUAAAGGUAACUAUUGACUUGGUUUUAGUGAAUCUAUUGUUUUUAAUUAUAGUGAUAAUGAUUUAUUAGCUCAGUAACUAGAAAUUACAUAUAUUUUGUGCUACUAUUAUCACUGUUUAAAGUUAUUUUUGUUAUUUAUGCACUUGUUUCCCAUUUCAAGCCUUUGGUCUUUGUUGGGAUAACAGGAUGACGUUUAUUAUUGAUAUCUAGCCUAGUCAUUUUCAAAUUAUAAAUAAUUAAGGACAAUUAAGCUUUAGGUCUGUCUAUAAGCUACUCUGGUCAGUUCUUUCUGUGGAAUGUGGCCGGUCUGCGGAGUGUGUCUCCAGGACACAUUCCGGAGGGGGAGGGUGGCACAGCUGUCCCUGUGCAUACGCUCCUCUCAGGUCAGAUCAGCUGUGAGGACAGGCGUGCCGCGGGAAGACCAAAGAACUGCCCAGGAGGGGAACUCCAGAGGCACACGGGCACCGUUAGGGUCGGUGACGGCAGCAGAUCUGGGGGACUGUCCACGCUGGGUCCUUCCCCGCUCCACCUCCUGGCUCGUCUCUGAGUGCCGAGGCCUCUGGGGUGGAUCCCAGGCGACCACAGCGGGUGGAAGCUUCCCCCUCCCUUGGCCUCAGAGGCCGAGCUGGACGAGCUGAGGCAGGGGCGGAGUCGGCUGUAGGAGCUGCUGCAGCGCUGCCGCCGCUUACGCCUCCUCCUUGCUGCCUGUUGUCUGUCGACUCCUCGCGCUAGGUGUUGGCGGGCACGGCAGAGCAGCACAGCGUCCACGUAACUGGUCAGCAGGAGUUCUUGGUUCAGUGUGGAUGCUUCAUGUGGAUUAAUUUAUGGACACCCCAAUAUGU